AUGACCGGUGAACUCCAGCAGGUGCACAAAGUUUGGGAGCGUACCCGCUCCAAUAGCCCAAUCUAUGGAUUUCUUCUUGAUGAGGUUGAUGUCUAUGAUGCUGAGAAAGGCCUUGUCCGGGCCCGACUUCAAGUUGGUCCUCGCCAUCUCAACUCAAAGGGCACUUUGCACGGCGCCUUUUCUGCUUGUGUGACUGACUGGGCCGGAGGCCUGUCUAUUGCUUCCUGUGGACUGGACUCCACGGGAGUCAGUACAGAUAUCCAUGUCAAUUACCUUUCGACUGCCUCCACCGGCGACUGGCUCGAGAUUGAGGGCCGCGCGAACAAAGUAGGAAACUCCCUCGCCUUUACGACGGUGUCUAUCUCCAAAAAGAGCAAGUCGGGGCUGGCCAUCGUGGCCCAGGGAUCACACACCAAGUACGUCCGGUCGCGAUGA